CCCGCAUCAACUGAAGGCAACUUCCGGCGUGCUAACACUUCCGAAACAUUCAGUUACUAAGCAACAUCAUCGAUGUCGUUUCCCCAUGCCGCUGCAGCGACUGCUACGACUAAUGCCAUGUUUACAGACGAAAACUUAGACCAAGUGAACCUGGACAGCACAUGGAGUCAAGACAGGGACUGUGUUGAUGCUGGGAAUCAGACGAAACCAUUGUCCGUUGAGGACAGUGCAUCACAAUCGAAUCUGAAAGUUGAAAGUGGGAGUCAGACCACAAACAACUCAGCGGUACCAAUGGUAAUUAUGAAAGAUGACUCCCCUCAGUUGGCAGCAUUCCUCAAGAAGAUGGAACCACUUGUGUACAAAGAACUGGACAAAAAUGCCAGAAGCCAAGCAUUUCAAGGUUACCAAGUCAGUUGGCAAGACGAGUCAUCAUCAGUCAAUAAGCUGCAUGUUUUCACACAUGAUGCAGUUAGGGGCCAGUGCCAGGUGACUGGUUUGUCAUGGAAUUCUUCUGGUUCCGUCAUUGCAGCAUCAUAUGGUCGGCUUGACCAUGACAGUUGGUGUACGCACAAAGCUGCCCUCUGCACUUGGAAUAUAGACAGUCAAACCUUGGACUCGAAAAAAGCCAGCAAAGUCAUUGAGCAAUCGUGUUGUUUGAUGUGUGUUGCCUUCCACCCAGCCAACCCAGCUCUUGUGUGUGCAGGAAACUUCAACGGUGAAAUCAUGCUUUGGGAUUUUAGCCAUGACAAUGUAUUACUCGUGGAUAGUUAUGGUAUGGGAGAUGGAGAUGCACACAGGGAGCCUGUUGCUAAGCUACAAUGGGUCCUAGACCCUGAAAGUCACUCUAAGACAUACAAGCUUGUCAGUGUGAGUGGAGAUGGCAAACUUCUGGUUUGGACAGUGGACAUGAAGUUAAACAAACUGACCCUUACCCAACAGUUCGCUGUGACAUCACAGAGCCUUCCUAAAUCUUUACGGGGCAAAGGUAGUCGAUCAGACCGAGAAGUUGGCCUUACCUGUUUAUCAUAUACUCACUAUGGUGACCACGUCUGUUUUAUCGGUUCAGAGACUGGUGCCAUUUUCAAGUGCUGCACUCAACAAGAUGGGCAUCAAGGAGUCGACAUGGACGGCAAACCAAUGUUGCCAUCACCUGUUGUGUUUACUUAUAAACCUCACCUGGGCCCCGUUAAUGCUAUAGACUGCUCUCCUUUUCAUCCACAUGCCUUCCUUACCACUGGAAUGGAUCAGUCCAUGAAGAUAUGGAAUGCUCUGCAAUCGGAACCUGUCAAAGUUUUGAAACCUGAUCAAGGUUCUCUUGUUUGUGGGUCCUGGUCCCCUGUUCGACCCCUUGUCAUUGCUGCUGCUACAGAUACGGGGUUGCUGCUCCUGUAUGAUUUACAACACAGCAUGCUGAAACCCCUGCACACUUUGGAGGCUGGCACCCUCAAGGCUCCCAUUUAUUCAUGUUCUUUCAAUACUCAACGGCCUAAUAUUAUUGCCAGUGGUGACGGUGAAGGAGACGUGCAUAUUUUCCAGUUGAACGACGACUUGGUGCAGGCGGGAGUCAAGGAGAAAGACAUGCUGGCAGCCAUCUUGAGUCUGAGUGAAUGACUCACAGAGGCGCACCGAGGUGUCAUGUGUUGCCUGGGACUGCACCUAAAACUCAGUGGUUGUGUCCUACAUUCCAAUAUAAUCACCCAUAUUAAAUGGGUGUGCUAUCAAGCACAUCAACACAUGCACACCCCUGUCCUACUCAUUGACAGAUAAUGCCCACACACAGGCACACUACUAUCUCCCUAAUGCACACACACACACACACACACACACACACACACACACACAAUGCAUCAAAUACUUACUGUAAGUGUUGAUGCUAUAUAAAUAUAAAUAUCAUAUUUCUA